AGGGUCUCCGUGGGUCGCGGAGGCGAGCGCCCUCGCCCGGGGGGGGGGGCGCCAGGAUCCCCCCUCGGCUCUCCAGAAGGUGCGCGAGAAGCCACCUCCGCGACCCGCUCCCCCUUUGCGCGAGAGGACGAACGUUGAUCUGGGAACCUCUUCGGCGUGAGCCGGUGGGAGAAGCCGCCGCGUUUCCGUCAGGACACUUUUCGCUGCGACACCCACCUCCUCCUCCUCCUCCUCCCCCACCACCUCCAACCUCCCCCCAGGAAGAGCGAGGUAGAAGCCCCCCUCGCUCAGCCCCACCCUGACAGAGACCCUCCCCCCCUCCGCAGGGCACCCCCGGGGUCUCCCCCCCCCCCGUCCUCAGUUUCCCCUUCUCUCCCCUGAGGAGCCUGGGCUGCUGGUGGGCAGCUGCAGGGGGAGGCAGCGGGGCAAGAGUGCACCUGGCUCUGGAUGCCCACGGCUUUGCUUUCUGGGGGGAGCGGAGGGGCACCUGGGGAGGCUUACCUCCCUCUUAUCCUAAUAUCCCUCUCUGCUAUCAAGCGGGGCGGCGGGUUGGUGGGUGGAGGCUGCUGUUGCUGCUGUUGCUAAACUGACGUUUGGAGCCGGAUGCCAACUCCCCGAAACCUGAAGGCUUGGAUCCUUUUACCUUUGCCAGAACGUGUGUGCCUGCUGGAUAGGUGCCACCGAUCCCAUAUAUCGCUUCCUCUGGAUCAUUGCUGCCGGCCAACUUCGCUGCUUCUUGGGUUGCUACUUCUAGAUCCGCCUGCCGUGCCUCGGGUGCCAAGGUGGCAUUGCUCAAUCCCUUGCUCUUUCUUCAUGGUAACUUUGGACCUGGGCCAUGUUCUGUUGCCGGCUGUGAUUCAACAUGCGCCCCGGAUUGGUGCCACUAACCGUUUCGCUCGGAUCCGUGCCAUCCACUGCCAGCUAAUACUGCCGCCUUGGAUCGUAGACUGGAAGACCCCUCUGUUCUCCACCUGGACAUUACAGCUUACUUCACUCCAGGAUGGAAGCAAAGGGCAUGUUCUGGUGCCUGCCUCACCUUGGCAUGAGGUUUUGGUGCAGAAAUGAGAGUUGAGAUUGAGACUUUGGAACGCCACCCAAGCAGGGUAAGUUUGGAUCCAGUUCUGCAUAUGGAGGAAGGGGGCUAACUGAGAGAGAAAGUAACCUGGGUGUCUGCCAAGAAAAAUCUUUUGGGAUUUUGAUGCCAGUCCUUAGGCUGUGUGUAAGUCUGCAAGACUGGGAGUUUGGGAAAGCUGUUGCAUAACCUAAUGACAGGUGGCCUAUAUUAGCAUGUUGAUGGAAGAACCCCAGAGCUGGGGAUGGAGGCAGCUGAUGCCUACAGAAAGUGGAAGUGCUCCAAGUCCCACCCACCCGACCAAAGCUCUCCCACCAUAUCUUCCCUCAGCUCCACCCACCAGAGCCAUUCCCAUUUAUUCCACCCCAGCUUUGACCAUAUGAAUGACCAUGUUAGCUAAUUUGAUCUUCAGUAUCAGUAUGCCUCUAAGCACCCUGCUUUGUAAGCUUCCCAGAAGCAUUUGGCAGAACGUUGGACAAAACCAGAAAUGGAGGACAGGCGGAGGAGACGUGUGAACCCCAACCCCACCUUUGACCACACAUUCCCACUGCAACACAAACUGCUUGCAAUACUUUGGUAUAGCUGAGGUGUAAUAAUAAAAUGACUUUCCCCCCAACAGCCUCAGGUCAGGGAUUCUCACAAAUUUCUAGGUGUUAGUGAAGAGGUGUAUAGAUACUAUAGACCUAGAUUCUGGCACUACAUUUCCACGUUUUCUAAGUUCUUUCCAUUUUUAGUGGUUCCUUCUCCAUGUUGUAACCUCUCCUCCCUCCUUGCCUGAGUAAAGGAUGAAAUCUUAUCACAUCUUCCUACUGUUGCCUUUUAGACAGCAUUUAUUUAGACAGAUCCCCUGCCAUCUAACUCUGCUGUAAUGGUUGAUGGUAUUAUAUAUACCUGCUAUAGAUGGGGUAGGCAGGGUGUUUUUUUCUGUUGUGGGCCACAUUCCUUCAGGGGUCAUCUUUCAGGGUGGCCAAAUGCUAGCAGUAGAUGGAGUCAGAAUUGGUGGGAAGAGCCACAGACAUAUUUGUUCUGUCUUAACUAAUCUGGAAUAAACAUCACUCUGCUUCUAUUUUCACCACUUUUACUUCAAAUUAAACUACCUCCUCUCUACAGGUCUACUCAGAAAUAAGCAUCACUGGGUUUGAUUGGGUUAUUCUCAAAUAAGUAUACAAAUCCUUUUUUUAAAGUACUGUGUAGUACAACAAACCAAUACAGUUAAUGUUCUGGAAUGCAUUUCCUCAAACUGAACACUGAAUACUGGCAUACUAGAACAUUGGAUAGAAGUAUGCUUUUAACUGCAAUUAUUUUUAGAAUGUUUUAAUCUGUUUCUACUUUGUUUUUAUUUUUGAAUUGUAUAUCUGUUUGCCGUCCUGGACUCAUUCGGGAGGAAGGGUGGGAUAUAAAUACAGGAAGUGAUGAUGAUGAUGAUACAGCCAGAAAAAAAAUUAAAACCAGUUUAUAUGUAUCAUUCAAAAUCUUUCCCCUUCUGUUGUUGUUGUUUAGUCGUUUAGUUGUGUCUGACUCUUCAUGACCCCAUGGACCAGAGCAUGCCAGGCACUGUAAGGGGAGGAGGAAGAGAGAGAGGGAGAGACAAAAGAUGGAAAAAAUAAGGAAGAAGCCAACAGGAAGGAGGAACUCAGGGUGGGGGGGGAUGGAAGUAUGAGAGUUCAGAGGAAGCUGGAAGCCCCAUAAAACAAAGUUGGGGGCUUUAGAUCACCCACCUGUAACCUACAGUUCAAUAAGAUCUGGUUCUUUCCACAGAUGGUAAAAAACAAAGGUUGCAUUCACAUGCUACUUUGUACAGUAUGUGUCUUUAGGGGUUUUGCUAGGAAGCGUCCUUGGAACUCAACAUGUGUGAAAUCUCCAAAUCUAGGGAAGGAGCAGCCCAGGCAAGUGUGAAGUCAGUCCCGCAAUGUCCAAUAGGAACAAUACUUAAUUAAAUGUAUAUAGGAUUGCAGGGUUAGUAGCUUUAUUUGCUGGAGCUGUAAGCUUCAUAAAUGAACCAGCUAAAAUUUUGCAGUCCAGUCCUGUGCUUGUUUGCCAAAUUCAAGUAGAUUUACUGCCAAAUAAGUGUGCUUAGGGUUGCAGCCUUAGUCCUGCCUGGGAGUAAGUCCCAUCAAACAAAGUCUUGUUUCCAUGUAAGCAUGUGUGGCAUUGGGCUGUCGAUUGAGUAAUCAGUAGACACCAAAGUUGUUGGGUAGUGUUGUACAGUGAGGACGCAGUGACUUAUUAUGUGUAGGUAUUGUGGUUCUGAUAUUGGUGUACCAAGUGUGAAUAAGAAAACAUUCAAAAUGCCUCUUAUUCUAAACAAUGAGUGGUAGCUGUUCUUUAUUACGCUGCUAGCUAUAUUUGGCUUCUCUAAAGGGCUAUAUUAGUUCUCUAAAAAGCAUCUAUAUUGAGGGUUGGUUAUAUGCUAUUUAUUAAUGGAAUUGUUUCUUUUUAAAAAAGAAAAGUGGGUGACAAAUCAAUUGCAGUACAGCUCUUUUAAUUGGCUGGCAGCUAGGUUGAAGUCCAUAUCGUGAUAACUGUUUCAUAAUUUUUGAUCCGGCAGUAUAUCACGAAUCCUCUGUGUGUGUGUGUUUUAUGCAAAAAUCACGAUGUGGGAAAAACUGUGAUGCCAGCUAAUGCCUCUACAUAGCUCCAUCCUUAUUUCAGACAUUGUGAUAUAUCAGUAGAUUUUGCAAUGUUUAGCUGGUGAUAUAAUCACAAUGUCGAAAACCAGAUAUCACCCAGCCCUACUGGCAGCCCUACAUAACUGCAGCUCUAAAAGUUGUGUGACCCAUAUAAUUCCCACCUCACACUUUUCCCAAUUAAUGUGCUUUCUUUCUUAUUGCAGACUUGGCAUUCCAACCCAAGGGAAUACACAUAAGGAGAUACUUAUGGAGCUGCAGAGACAUUCCAAGUCUAUAGGAGACCCCCAAAGACCACCAGAAACCUUGGAACCCCUCAAUCCACAAGAGCCUGCAAGCCAUGUGGGACAACCCAUCAAGCUGGAGCUGGGGGGUGAGGGAGGGGGUGUCCAGACAUUGCCUCCUAAACUCUCUCGCCCGCCAUUGCCUUCUCCUGGUAGCGCCCUCCUUCAGGGAUUGAAUGGGCUGCCAGGAGCAGGGAGGCGGGCACUUGUUCCUGGAGGGACAGGAGGCACAGAACAAGGGGAACCCUCUCGAUUGGGGCGCUACUUGCUGAUUGACAGCCAGGGGCUGCCAUACACAGUGCUGGUGGAAGAGGGGGUGGGAGCGGCAGGGGACCCGGAAGGGGGCGGGAGCGGAGGGUCCUUGCGCAAGGUGUACAGCUGCCCUGUGUGCUCGCGGACAUUUGAGUACCUGUCUUACCUGCAGCGCCACAGCAUCACCCACUCGGAGAGCAAGCCCCACGUCUGCCGGGCGUGCGGCAAGGCCUUCAAGCGCACGUCCCACUUGGAGCGCCACAAGUACACCCACUCGGGCCGGAAGCCCCACCAGUGCCCCAUCUGCCAGCGCAGCUUCCGUGACUCGGGGGAGCUCUCGCACCACCAGCGGGUGCACACGGGGGAGCGGCCCUACCAGUGCGAGGCCUGCCACAUGCGCUUUGGGGAGCGCAACACCCUCCAGAGGCACAUCCGCCGGAAGCACCGCCUGCAGCUCCUCCCGACACCGUAAAGGCCGGCCUUUUCAAGACUGAAGUUGUGCCACGAGAGGAUCAGCAUGAGAACCUCGCUGCCCACCCAGGCCUUAGACAUCUACCACCUGGGCGCAGCUAGCACCCACCCAUGCGACGGCAACCCUGGCCUGCAAAUGCCUCCCUGUGUCUUUACGGACCUGAUACUUCUCCAUUUGCUGGCCCAAGGACUAGCUGCUGCGUGGGGAAAAUGGGAAUGGAGAACCUCGCCCACCUAUGCCACAAACUAUCCGGCAUGCAAUAGCCAGCUUGCAAAAUCCCAGCUUAGGUCCCUCCUGCCUUCUCAUGCCGCAGGGACUUGGUAUGGACACACUGGCCUACCUCCCGCCUUUUGUAGAACCUUGUCUAUCCCGUCUGUCUGUGCUCCUCGCAACCUGGCAGGGGGAUUCCUUGCCUCCUGCUUUGUCCCCAUCCGAGUUUCCACUACCCCCGUAGGUCACUCACAUCCAGCAUGGAUUCACGGGCUGAGCUCUGCAACACAGAGCAUUGCCUGCUAGCAUCUGUUUCUGCCACAGUGUCAUAGGGAGAAGUUCUUGUGGCAUAUUGGGGAUAUGUGGAGGGAGGAAUCCAGCAGACCCUGCCUAGAACGUGCAUUAUGGCACAGACACUGUCCCCUCUGCGUAUGCCUGGAGGGUAUGCUAUCAUGCAGAAUGGCAAUGCAUGCCUGUUAAAAACCUCCUCAUCUGCAGACUUGGCCUUUGAAUCGAUUAGGGGCUAGCCCUCUCAUGUAUGCACUGCGACCCACAGACACAGUACGGAGACCUCAGCCUGUCAGGAAAACUAGCGCAUGCCUAUUUUGGGAAGAUCUGCUUUGCUUUCAUGCAGAAUUUGGUUCCAGAUUAAGAGCAGGUGGUGGUGGGCAGCCAUGAAGAGAACUCUCCUUACUCUACAAUAGCCAUGCAGGGCUUCCAUUUGAAUUUAGCAAGAGGUUCAAAUCGAAUCUGGUCAGUUUUGAUUCUUUAUUUUGAGUCCCCUGCAAGCGUCUCAAGCAUGGCUACUUGGUGUACGAUGGAGGCUGUGGCCUUGAAUCCUGACAUUCCACCUCAAGAACGCUUGGGCCCAAAUUUCUCCCCCUCCUUCCCUUACAAUAAAGAGCCUAUUGAAGGAGCAUAAGCAAGAGGCUAGAGAAGGCUGGGUGGAACAUCAGCUGAAUUCCAUGUGCAGGAAGAAAGUCACUUUUCUUUAAGGCAGUGCCCAAAUUACAGGGGAGCCAGAGAGGGCCUGGCACCCUUUACCUGUUGCAGCAGCUCCCUUGGCUACUGCUUUUUGAAGGCUACAGGGGACCACAAUUUGGCUAAAAUUAGAAGGAAUGGGGGGGUGCAUUUCCUUAAGGCUCCUCCUAACCUGCCCUUCCAUCUAUAAAGCACUGCUUUAAUGAAUUCUGGCUCUGAAUUAUUAUUAUUAUUUUAAAAAUCUAGAUGGGGAGUAUGGGUGUUGAAGGAUGGAAUAUGGGAUAUUCCCCAACUUACCAGCCUUAACAGUCUCUUAUUUCCAAACCCUCCAGAUUUUUCCAGGGAAACAGAGUUGGUGAUUCUACAUUCCUUCCAGCGGCGGCGGCUGCUGCUGCUACUGGUAGUCCAGCCUCCAGAUCAGAUCCAUGUGUGAACCCAUCAACUCUGGUCAGGCCUUGUUUUCUUCUGCCCCCUAAUUAGAACCAUUUCAACCAGCUUUCCAAAGAGUUUCAGGCCACGGUCUAUAUACUUACGGGGUGGGUGGGUUUCAACCCCAGAGAUGCAGCAACAGAAAAAUGUUGGUCUUCAUCCCAGGCUUACUGCCUGUGGGAUGUAUGUGAUAAGACUGCUGUGGUUUCCUACAAUAAUUAACAAACAUAGAAUCUCUGUUUCCUCGACAGGGAGAAACAAUCAGGAGACAUCGAUAUACAGGCAUGUGUUCCAAGGUAUCCGCUAGCCUGGUACCUCCAAAGCUUGCCAGGGAGAUUCCUGGAUCAUAUUUCCUCUGCUUCAUAUUUAGUGUGGAAUUUUUAAACUGUGUGUGUCUUCCUUUUUUUUUUUUUUAAUUAAAAACAAUCCUCUGGGGUUUUGGUUCAUCUUUGUGUGCUAAACGAAUAAAGUACUGCUGUGUUACUUCCAUUUCAUUGAGAGGAUGUAGAUCCGUUGGCAAGAAUUUAGCCCUUUGCUGGGUUUGAGAAGAGUGCCUUUCAGCUGUGUAACUUCUAGACAUUUGCAAAAGGUCUUUUCUCAAGAUGUGGAGAAUCACUUGAUUUCCUUGAACAUAGAAAGGGGGGUGGGUGCUAUAGCUCAGGGGUAGAGCAGCUGCUCUCCAUUGCAGAUGGUCCUAGGUUCAAUCCCUGAUGUCUCCAGGUAGGGCCACUCUGAAACCAUGGAUUGCUGCUGCCUGGCAUUGUGGAGUGGACAAAACAGAUGGCUCAAUGGUCUGUCUCGGCUUUCUCUAAAGAGGUUUUGUUGAAGGAGGAAGUGUGGGAUGCACACUGAAAGUAGCAUCCUUUUAUGAAUUAUUAUUUUUUACAAAAACCAAAUAUGCGUCAAGAAUCUGCCAGCUGAGUACUCAAAAUAUGUAAAUCAAUAAAAUGUAAGUAUAUC